UGUCACUGAGGUUUGGUAACGCAGAUUCCUAGACGAAGCAAGCGCCAAUCGUCAUCAUGGCUGCGGUGUGUAUUGCCUCCCGUGUCCUGACUAAAAAGGUCCUGUCAUCUAAAGCGCUACCUGCAGUAUCCCAGAGUUCCAGGAAGCUCCACUUCUCAAUUUAUGGAAAAAGCAAUGCUAAAGUGUCAGAUGGUAUCUCCACACAGUACCCAGUGGUAGACCAUGAGUUUGACGCAGUGGUUGUGGGUGCUGGUGGGGCAGGACUGCGUGCUGCUUUUGGCCUGUCUGAGGCUGGCUUCAACACAGCCUGUGUUACUAAGCUGUUUCCCACCAGGUCGCAUACAGUGGCUGCACAGGGUGGGAUCAAUGCAGCCCUUGGGAACAUGGAGAAUGAUGAUUGGAGAUGGCACUUCUAUGACACAGUGAAGGGAUCUGAUUGGCUGGGAGACCAAGACGCGAUCCACUACAUGACAGAGCAGGCCCCACAUGCUGUGGUAGAGCUGGAGAACUUUGGCAUGCCCUUCAGCCGUACCGACGAUGGCAAGAUCUACCAGAGGGCUUUCGGAGGUCAGAGUCUGAAAUAUGGCAAAGGAGGACAGGCCCACAGGUGCUGCUGUGUGGCUGACCGAACUGGCCACUCCCUCCUACACACACUCUACGGACGGUCUCUGAGGUACGACACCAGUUACUUCGUGGAGUACUUUGCCCUGGACCUGCUGAUGGAGGAUGGGGAGUGCAAGGGAGUGAUUGCCCUGUGUAUGGAGGAUGGGUCCAUCCACCGCUUCCGGUCCAAGAACACAGUCAUCGCCACAGGAGGCUAUGGCCGUACCUACUUCAGCUGCACGUCGGCCCACACCAGCACAGGAGACGGUAACGCCAUGGUGACCCGCGCUGGCCUGCCCUGCCAGGACCUGGAGUUUGUCCAGUUUCACCCCACAGGUAUAUAUGGAGCUGGCUGUCUGAUCACCGAGGGUUGCCGUGGUGAGGGUGGAAUCCUAAUCAACAGUGAGGGCGAGCGCUUCAUGGAGCGCUAUGCCCCCAACGCCAAAGACCUAGCCUCCAGAGACGUUGUGUCUCGCUCCAUCACCAUCGAGAUCCGAGAGGGCAGGGGAUGUGGCCCAGAGAAGGACCAUGCGUAUCUGCAGCUUCACCAUCUCCCCCCACAGCAGCUGGCCACACGCCUGCCUGGCAUCUCUGAGACUGCCAUGAUCUUUGCUGGCGUGGACGUCACCAAAGAACCCAUCCCUGUCCUGCCCACUGUCCACUACAACAUGGGUGGGAUCCCCACUAACUACAAAGGACAGGUCAUCACUCACACGCCUGAGGAGGGGGACAAGGUGGUGCCUGGGCUGUUUGCCUGCGGUGAGGCUGCCUGUGCCAGUGUCCAUGGAGCUAACCGCCUAGGAGCCAACUCCCUGCUGGACCUUGUGGUGUUUGGGCGGGCCUGCGCUCACACAAUCACUGACAUCUGCACUCCAGGAGAGAAGCUCUCCCCCCUGAAGCCCAACGCAGGAGAAGAGUCUGUGGCCAACCUGGACCGGUUGAGGUUUGCUAACGGCUCCCUGAGGACCUCCGAGAUCAGACUUAACAUGCAGAAGACCAUGCAGAACCACGCCGCUGUGUUCCGUACCGGCAAGGUUCUGAAGGAGGGAUGUGACAAGAUGGACGCCGUCUACCAGACAUUGGAUGACAUCAAGACCUUUGACAGAGGCAUUGUGUGGAACACUGACCUGGUGGAGACCCUUGAGCUGCAGAACCUCAUGCUGAAUGCCGUGCAGACUAUCAACUCUGCCGAGCAGCGCCAGGAGAGCAGAGGAGCCCACUCCAGAGAGGACUUUAAGGACCGUGAGGAUGAGUAUGACUAUACAAAGCCUUUAGCAGGACAGCAAAGGAAGCCUAUAGAGCAGCACUGGAGGAAACACACCUUGUCCACUGUAGAUCCUAAGACUGGGAAGGUAACUCUAAAAUACAGGCCAGUUAUUGACAACUCACUGGAUGCUGAGGACUGUGCUGCUGUUCCACCCGCUAUUCGUUCCUAUUAAGCCCUGCGUACCGAUGUGAUGCCACUCAACUUUUAUUUAUGAUCAGAAGUUGCGUUUUCAGUUAUGCUUUACAAGACGUUGCGACCAUAUUCUCAUUUUCUCCUAUUACUCAUAUUAUAUCAUUGAACUGGGAUAUUUGUCUGAUAAUGAACAUUACUGUAAACUUACGUAAAUUAUGCGAACUUGAGCAUUUUUGCGUUUACUGUAAACAUCCACCACAAUCGCUAUAGUUCUUACAAGCAAAUAAAUACAUAUUUAAUAUUUAAAUAUUGAAUUUUUGUAAAAAGAUGUUAAGAGCAGUCACAUUUGAGGAAGGAAAAAAAAACCCUGCAUGUUUAAGAUCCUGACAAUACUCAAUUUCUUCAUUCUGUGGCCUUUAAUGGUUAAAGAGAAUCACAUUUCUCAGCUUUGUGGGAAGUUUUGUUGAUUGUGGACGCUUGAUGUUUUAUAGGUCCUAUCUUCCAAUAUGCUCAAAUAAACAAAAGCUUUCCUUUCUGA